CUCGUUCGUUGCUUCGAACGUCCCAAAGUCCUACUUUUCUAGGCAUUCCCAAACCAACGACGGUGUACCAGUGGCUCUAUUAAGUCCUCCCGUUCGCACAUUCUCUUCUCUCAUUGUCAACAAAGCCACUCUUCAACUCUCACUCGUCGACUUUUCUCCCGAAUACGCCCCGAAUGGCUCCCGACUGAGCAGAGCACGACCAAUUCACAUCAACAAAGGUGGAAGAUCAUCAUCUCCACCGCCUCACUGCUAGCUCUCUUGGAGUCUGGCAGUCAAAAGCCUCAACAAUCGUUGCAUCGUCGCCGUGAAAGGAGUAUAAGUGUCGUCCCUAGGUUACGACCAUCACCUGCAGCUUCGAUCAAUCAAACGUUCUCUUUUCCUUUCUCUAAAACUUUCACGACUUGGUCAUCUUCUUUCACCACCAAACUCGCCGUCAUCUCAUCCUCAUGUCACCAUCUACGAUUGAUACUCGCACCAGUGUCGUGGCUUCUCCGACAUUGCGACCUCUUCGCAUCCUCAUCGUCGAUGACAACCACAUCAAUCUCUCCGUGCUGAGCACUCUGCUCAAGCGCCGUUUCAACCAUGUCCUCGACGGCCCGCCCGUGUCUGUCGACAGUGGCCUCAAGGCAAUCCAGCUGCUGCGCACCAACGUCUUCGACUGCAUCCUCAUGGACAUUCAGAUGCCUUUUCUCAGCGGACUCGAAACCGCAAAGCGGAUUCGUGCUUCCGAGGAUGGCAUUCUGGAUGCCAACAGCAGUGCCCACAUCGUUGCCGUCACGACUGCUGUCGGCGACGAACCCGAAGCCGCCUAUCGCAGAGCGGGAAUGGACGGCAUGAUCGGCAAGCCCGUCAAAGCUCACCACCUGCAGCAUUACCUUCGCCCUCUGGCUCAGGAGGCUCAUCAUUCGGCGCAGUCUGUGCAACUCGUACAGGCCGGCGAACUGAGCGUGAUGCCGCCACUGCCUCUCGCAUCCAAGAAUGAGCGAGUCUUCUACCUUCCUUCGGACGCCGCAACGCCGGCUAGCCGUCCAUCGAUUUGCGAGGGCGCCGACUUCGAAAAGCUGCUGCGAGCCCAGACUCGCCUGUCGCUCAAAAAGUGCGGCGCCAUGACCCUCGCUCGCACCGGCACCGUGUCGGGUCUGACGCGCUCGUCUGCUGCUCCACCUCUCGGUGCUCCCGAUCUGCACUUAGCGGAAGAGUCUUCUGAUGAAUCGGGCAGGGAUUCGUUCAACUCACGGUCCAACUCCGCCUCGAGCGUCGACACAGCCAGCGGCUCGUCGGAGCCACAGGUUAGCGGCAAGAAGAUCAUCCAGCAACCUCAAUCUCCUCGCACAUCGACGCUGCGCAUUAGCCAGCGCACGCUGAGCAAACAGAUCGCGCGCGAGGUGGCGAACGCUGACUUGGGUGCUCAAUCGAGCGACUCGGCAACCGAUCUUGACGAUCUGAGGGCAACGGAGACAUCUAUGGCCCUUCUGAGCCCAUCUAUCUCGCGCACCGUUCGACCCCGUUGUCUCCAUCGCACUAGCUCGCCUGGCUGGUUGAUCACAGAGGACAUGAGGAAGGCUAGUCCUACGCCUGGAGAUGACCCGAACGUCACCGUUGCCUCACCAUUGUCAACCACCAUGUCACCAGAUUCCUUCACUCCCGCUCACUACCGGCCUAUACUCAACACGGCUGUGUCCAAUGUGAGCAGCAAGAGCAGCAGUGACAGUAGCGACACCAUCAACUCCAACUCCAACCCACCAACGCCCAUUAUGUUCGGACGUAGGGGUUCGGCUACGUCAACUGGCAGCCACAGCGCCGACAGCGAGCAGAGUUCUGCAGUCACGACGCCCAGCGGUGGAUCGCCAUCGUCGCCCAACCUCAUGUCUCCCUCAUCUGAGUGGAGUAAGCUAUUUGGCAACCAGAACGGUACCGCUCAAGACGGUCGUGACCACUGCAGGCAUUCAUCAAACGACACGAUUCGGCUUUCCUUACCGGAAAAGGCAUGGCGAAAAAGUGACGCAUAUUCUAGGACAACUCGUCUGGACGAGAUUGACCCAUCGAUGACAGGAAAGCGCGCCUCGCACAAGGUUUCCGCCCGGCGCGGACUCGACGCCCGACAUGCUCAACAGCUUGCAGAGUCCCUCCGCGAGAUGGAACUCGAACAUAACGAAAACGACGGAUGAGUGAUCCAUCACUAUCCUCGAUCACGACCAAAUCUCUCGUCUCUUUGGGUAUUCCUCUUCGAUCGCAAAUCGUCUCUUCGCUAUGAUGUGGCAUUCGCAACUCAUCCAUACACGUAUUCUGGGCAUCAUCGUUAUCACUUACUUUCUUUCCUUGCUGUACCAUAACGUUUCGACUCGACGACACACGCACACUUAUACACCUACAUAUUCGCGUCGUUUUCUCUUCUUCUCUGGGGCUUCACCUCUUAAUGUGUCUUGCGGCAUUUCUUGUUUCUCUCUCGCGCAAAACGUUCACUUUCGCUGUUCUUCUUUGCUGCAAUGUCAUCAUUGAUCGAGUUA